AUGAGAGGACUUUGUUUAGAAGAAAACUGGAGUUUUAACAUGGAGCGGGAUCCUAUAUUCACUUUGAUCUGCUUAUUAAUAGUAGUUUUUUCACACUUGGAAUUGUCAGAGGAAGUUGAUGUUUUAGGUGUAGAAGGAUCAAUCAGUGAUGGUGAGACACUGGUUUCAUCAUUAGAAACCUUUCAGCUAGGCUUCUUCUCACCUGGAAAAUCAAGAAACACGUACUUGGGAAUAUGGUUCAAGACCUGCCCCGAAACGGUUGUUUGGGUUGCAAACAGAAACAAUCCCAUUGCUGAUGGGAAAGGGGUUUUAACGGUAAGUGACAGUGGAAAUCUUGUCCUUUUGAACCAGACAAAGAGUGUCGUCUGGUCAUCCAAUAUGUCUGUGACAGCACAAAAUCCUGUGGCACAGCUUUUAGAUACUGGAAACCUUGUUCUCAAGGACAACAAAAGCACGGCUGGAAGCUAUUUGUGGCAAAGCUUUGAUUAUCCAUCAGACACACUCUUGCCAGGCAUGAAAGUAGGAUGGAACUUAAAGACUGGUGAGGAAAGAUAUUUAACAUCAUGGAAAAGUACUGAUGAUCCAUCCCCUGGAAACUUCACUUUCAGACUUGACAAAAAUGGAUUACCUCAGUUAGUCAUUGAUACAGAAUCAAUGAAAACGUACCGUACAGGACCAUGGAAUGGAUUUGGGUUUGAAGCUAUUCCAGCAUAUCUCAACUUCCUCUUCAAACAUAAUGUCGUGUCUAAUGAGAAUGAGAUAUUUUUUAGUUAUGAAGUUGCCAACAAGGAGAUUACCACGCGAUUAUGGUUGAAUCAUACUGGUUAUUUACAGCGUCUUAUAUUUACCCAUGAUAGUAAAAAUUGGGAAUUUUUGUACUCAGCUCCAUUUGAUAAAUGUGGGAUCUAUGGAUUCUGUGGUGCUAACAGUAUAUGCAGCAGCCGGAGAGCUGAUGCCUGUAAGUGUCUAAAAGGGUUCAUUUCAAAAUCACAAGAGUCUAAGAACUGUGUAAGAGAAUCAUCACUAGACUGUCAAAAGGGAGAUGGCUUUACCAGGCUUGUUGGGGUUAAAGUGCCGGAUUUGUUAAAUUUUCAGUUGAAUGAGAGCUUGAAUCUUAAGCAAUGUGAGGCUGAAUGCUUGAAGAACUGUUCUUGUACAGCUUAUGUUAAUAUGAAUGUAAAUGAAGGCCGCACCAGUUGUGUGAUGUGGUUUGGUGACCUCUUUGAUAUUUCAGAAGUUUCAGACAUGUACCGAAAUGAAGUUGUCUUUGUAAGACUUUCAGCUUCAGGUCUAGGAUUAACCCAUGAUUCGAGGAAAAAGAAUAGACUAAUGGCUAUCCUAGUUGUGUCAAUCAUUUCAAGUGCAACUAUUUUGGGCCUAAUAUCCUUCAUAAUGUGGAAGAAAUGGAAGAAGCGAGAUGAUUUGCUUCAUUUAACAAGAUUGGAAAGUGGGGAAGAUGAAAGAGAAGUGCCCUUGUUCCACUUCUCUACCAUAGAAAUUGCCACCAACUAUUUCUCUUUUGGCAAUGUAAUUGGAGAGGGUGGCUUUGGUCCUGUUUACAAGGGAAAUCUCCCAACAGGACAAGAAAUAGCAGUAAAGAGGCUGUCAAAAGACUCAGGUCAAGGUGUUGAGCAAUUCAGGAAUGAAGUAGUUUUGAUAGCCAAACUUCAGCAUAAGAAUCUUGUUGGACUGCUUGGUUGCUGCAUUCAAGGAAAUGAAAGGAUGUUAAUCUAUGAGUUUAUGCCUAACAAAAGCUUAGAUUACUUCAUCUUUGAUCAUAAAAAAAGAGCACAACUAUCAUGGCGAAACAGGUUUGAUAUUGUUCUAGGCAUCACAAGGGGACUACUCUAUCUCCACCAAGAUUCUAAACUCCCAAUUAUUCAUAGAGAUCUCAAAGCAAGUAAUAUUUUACUAGAUAGCAACUUGAUCCCUAAAAUUUCGGAUUUUGGGUUGGCAAGAAUCUUUUGUGGCAAUGAUGUGGAAACAAAAACAAGUCGAGUGGUCGGAACAUUUGGUUAUAUGGCUCCUGAGUAUGCAAUUGAUGGAACAUUUUCAGCCAAAUCCGAUGUUUUCAGCUUCGGUGUGCUUCUGCUAGAAAUAGUAAGUGGUAAAAAGAAUAGAGGGUACAGUCAUCCCGAUCAUCUCCACAAUCUUCUAGGCCACGCGUGGUUGCUUUGGAAUGAAGAUCGAGGUUUGGAAGUGAUGGACACAAUCCUAGAAGAAACAUGUGUUAGGUCCGAAGUUCUUAGAUUUAUCCAUGUUGGGUUAUUGUGUGUUCAAGAAUGCCCUGAAGACAGACCAACAAUGUCAUCUGUUCUUCUCAAACUCACAAAUGAAGAAGCAACUUUGCCUCGACCAAAAGCACCUGGUUUCUUCGUACAAAGGAAUCCCUAUGACAAUUUUAGUUCUACAACAGUGACAACUGAUGUCACCAUAUCUAUUCUUGAAGCUAGAUAG